AUUACGAAGCACAUUCCCAUUGAUUUGUUACAGUCACACUUGCCGACGACCGCCCUUCAUUUAUCCCCUAAUGAGCACUGCGCAGUGAUUGCGCCGAACCCCCCGAGAAUUUCACCCAUCGUGGCAGGCACUCUGGCGAGUCUCCCGAGACCGCGGCUCUCCGCGCGGAUACCCAAAACACAUACGAUAUGGAGGAACGGUAGCGCUUCUACGGGCCGGGGAGCCAUCAGAUAUGUCUCGGUCAAUUCCUCGAAUAAGCUCGGCUUGGGGGCGGGACCGCCACCGCACGGCAUCGCCCCUGGGAGAGUGGCACCCAAGGAGAUGGCAGCCACGCUUCCUGGGGGCGCAACUCUGGGUGUGCCGGGAGAACAGAAGCAAAAGUUCAAUAGAGUGCUGGGCCUGCAGCCGGAGCAAAAUGAAAAGGAGCUAUACGCCAUCUUCAAGGCGGAUUCAACAUCACGUUUCUACGUGCCGGCCGUCAUGAUGGGGCACAACUCGCCGCCACCACCUUCGUCGCGUACGGUUCAUAUUCUAGGAAAUGACGAGCGAUCAUUGUUUCUGUCGCACGCUCUGCACGGUAUCUACGACUCGGUCAAGACACUCAACCUAACGUCGAAUACACCAUAUCGGGAUGUUGCUGGAAAUCUCGACGUGAAGAGGAAUACCCGAGCUUGGCUCGAACCGAAUGCCGCGAUAGGGAGGUCAAAGGAAGGGGAGAAUGAUGAUACACAUAUUAGCAAUCUGGUGGUAGCCGGAAGACCGAGUCAGACCGUUAAGCUGCUCGAGAAGGUGAAGCAUCGGAUCGACGAUCGGACGGCUGUGUGCUACGUGCAAGACGGACUCGGAGUCGCGGAGGCGGUCACCAAUCGGGUCUUUCCGGAGAAGGACAAACGCCCCUCGAUUAUGCUCGGACACAUGACCCAUUCCCUGGCGUACGACCGAAAAGCAAAGUCGGUCAAGGUGAUGGCGCCCGGGUACGAGACCGCUCUCGCCGGCGUACGGCCCUACUACGGCAAGAAGAAGUCGAAGCACCUCUCGACAGACACCUGGCUGCGGACACAGAGUAUGAUGGACAAGUUUGCCUCUUCCGACCUCCUCAAGGCCAAGGGUCUGGCUCUCGACAGCUGGAUGAAGGUCAAGAUCCCGUCGCUCAUGUUCUCGGCCGUCUGCGACCCGAUCUGCGUCAUGCUGGACUACCGCUACGAGGAGCUCAUCUACAACCCGACGGCCAACAAGCUCAUAAACCAGCUCCUGAACGAGAUCGCCGACGUGGUUGCGCGAAUGCCCGAGGUCAAAAACUCGCCAGAGCUGCAGGCCAUCCUGCGCGGCGAGGGCAUGCGCAAGGAGAUUAUGGGGAAGCUGAGAGGAAAAGGGUCCGCGCCGAGCAAGAUGGCGUUGCAGAUCCAGCGUGGCAUGUUGACGGAUAUUGAUUAUUUGAACGGCUUCUUCAUCGAGAGAGGCCGUAGAUUCGGCGUCAAGCUUCCGGCGAACGAAAUGGUUGUGGGCAUGGUCAAAGCGAAGCACAAGGCGCAACUAGAGAAGAAUCGGUCGUACAUCCCAUUAGAGGUGACCUCAAGGAGAUACCCACAACCAUGGACGACUCUGAACUCGAUCAAGUACGCACUCACAUCCUUUUGCACGACGGAGAGCUUGCAACCUGGGACUAACCUAAGCAUCUGCCAGAUCCGCAAGGCUCGCCUCGAGCAGCUCAAGGCGCAAGGCGGGGCGGGAGGCAGCUCCGGCGGCGGCGGCGGCGGCGGCUCAAACAAGCAGCAGCAGCAAGAACAGCGCCAACAACAAGAACAGGAAGCCCGCCAGCAGAUCCUCAACCAGAUCCUGCACCCCGAGGCGGCGGACCGUCUGGGCCGCAUCCGUCUUGUCAAGGAGCAGCGCGCGCAGGACGUCGAGAACAGGCUCAUCAUGCUCGCGCAGAGCGGGCAGCUGCGCAGCAAGGUGACGGAGGCGCAGCUCAAGGAGCUGCUCGAGGCUGUGGCGGGAACAAAGGAGGAGGAGAAGAUUGUGGUGAGCCGGCGCAAGGGGUGGGACGAUGACGAUGACGACUUGUUGGAUCUGUAG